AUGAGUGCCCUUGAUGAUCUGCAGUACCCAGUCCCCUCAGAUUUUAAGGACUCCUUUCAUCCAUUAUGCAGCGCAGCCCGACGAACCAACUUUGCUGAUGGUCACAUGGAAACGACCAAUUCUUUGACUUGGAUGGGGGCCUUGAAUGGUGUGUUACAACCAAAUUGCAAUGCAUGAACGGAUCUCAGUGUGAUUAACCUCCCAAGUCGGUAUCACUGCUGUUGCUUUGAUAGUGAUGAGAUAGUCCAGUUGCAGAGUACAUACAUCGUAUCCAUAUUUGGAUCUUACCACAGCCUUUCUCAACUCUACGUACAAGAAGUAUUCGUCUCUGUGUGUAGGCAAGGAGCGCUUUGGCUCUGGUACUGAAAGCCGCCUUUAUAAGCAUGCAAGGGUGAUGGCGUCAUGGGUUGGCGAUGAAGGCGAAAUUUCGUUAGGAAUUAGCAGGCCGGGCCGAGUGAACUAUUUUUUAGAACAUUCGUUAUUGAUAAGAAUGGACAUUGUUUUGUUUGUGUGCAGUGGUUUAAAGAGUAUCCCAACAAUUCGCUAUUUAAGAACCCACUGUCUGUUUACUAUGCUAAGGUAUUUAAACUUCCCGGUCCUACAACAUUCAUCCCUGUUCAAAGAAUUCAGUCCCGAUUUGUCGCUAUUAACAGGA